CUUCAUGUAGAUGUGUUUUGAAUGAUAUGUGCUAUUGCAUCAUCAUCUACAUCCUCACAUUUAAUAAAGUACCAAUUUAUAAAAUUUAUCUUUUUGAUGCUUAUAUCUCAUUUGUAGUAUUUAAAAUAUUGAUCAGAGGUUUAGUAUAAAAAUACAGGGGCAAAAUUAACCACUGAUUAGUAUCUGAAUUAUAAAUCUGUAGCUUUUCUUCCUAUAUUUUGCACAGUUCAUUAUCUAACUAGAAAAGUUGAAUAUUUAUUUUUUAUAUAGUGCACACAAAAUGGAAUCAAAGCCAUCAAGAAUUCCACGGAGGCUAUCUGUUCAGCCAUCUGGUUCUCGAAGUGCUAGGAUAGGAGCUGGAAGUGGUGGAACAACUUUAACUGAUUCAUACUGUACGAGAGAGUCUUCAAUAAGACUGGAUUCUGGACGCCAGGAAUCUGGUAGGUUGCAUAGUUCCAGUAGAGACUGGUCAGUUGAAGAACGAGAAGCUUAUGAAAGUUCAUGGAAGCUUCCAGCUUCUUCUCCAACUCACUACUCAGGAACACUUGAUCGCCCAUGGUCCGGAAGAAUUUUGGGAAGCAGAAAUAGAUUGGUUACAUCAUCAUCAUCAAUUCCUGCAUCAUCUUGGUUGGGUGAAUCUGAUAGAACUCAGGGAGCAUAUUCUUCAAGACUGCAUAACCAACAACAAGAUAUUGAUUCAAAAAGACCUAAACUUUCUUAUACAUCUACCUCUAGUAUGAGAAGUAGUGGUUUAAACACGGUUUCAGAUUCCCCCUGGAGGUACAGUGAUGUGCCCAGAUCUUCAUCUAUGGUACUUGGAUCAUUAACAACUGAACUUGUGAGAGAGAGAAGAGAGCUAGAAAGGACAGAGCCAUCUGUUAGUUUUAUGGAUUGUAGUCAAAGGAAUGGUGAUUUCCCUCCAUCAGCAUAUUUGCAGGAAAGACCUGCUUCUUCAUAUGCACAGGGAGCAAGACCAAAGGAAAACUCAUUGAGUUCUUUGAGGCUGAACACAUCCAUGAACCGCCAGUUGCCUUCUGAACAUGAAUCUUCAUUACUCUCUAGAGAUCAUAGCUGGAAUUCAAGAUCUAACUAUGUCCCAAGAGAAGUAGAGACUUCUGAAAGGAAUAUACAGCCAGAGUUUAGCCAUGGUACCACGAGAAGUGGGACCAGAACUUCAAACCAUUCUGAAGAAGUUUUGCCAACCCAAAGGUCAUUAAGUGAACCUUCUGCUGAUACUGAAGGAAGGCGUUCAACAAGGCAGUUACUAUCUCGCUUGGCGUCUAGUAUGUCCUCCACCUUUUUCCCAAGAAGAUCUGGCCAAGACUCUUUGACAUCUUCAAGAUCAUUAGGUUCUAGAGAUAUAAAUGUUCUAAGAACUCAAGUUUCUGCCCAGACUACUUCUUCUAACACACUUACAACAUCUGAAGGUACAGAAGCUCAAACACCUGAUUCUGGUCCUCAGGGAUUUAGCUUCCUUAGAAGACGCUGGGGUUUGGCAGGUGUUUCAUCAAAUCCUAGUGCUGAUUCAGAACCUGGAAAUUAUAGAAAUAAUUCUGAAGGUAGAAAUGCAAGUUCCUGGCUGUCAUCUUCUUUGAGGAACAGAUGUACACCUUUGUUUUCAAGAAGGAGAAGAGAAGGAAGAGAUGAAACAGCAAGAACCUCUACCUCUGAAACAUCUGCUAGGUCACUGCAUCUUUUUAGGAGAAGAGAAUCUGUUGGGGAUGUACCUCUUCAACCACAAAGGGAAUCUCUCAGGCCGAGGCCAUCAAUACCUGCAGUACCCAGUAGUACUAUACCUGUUGCUUCAGGAUCAGAGUCAGUGCCUCCUAGAAGAAAUUCAGGAAUAUCAGGAAUGUUUCCUGGCUCUCUCUUUCGGUUUGCAAUGCCACCAACUUUGGGAAAUAACUUGUCUGACAAUGUUAUGAUAACUGUAGAUAUUAUUCCAUCAAGCUGGAGUCAGUCUAAUGGGCAAGAUAGCGACAAAUCUAAAAUAUCACCUUCAAGAGAUCCAGAAAAGCUUCAGAAAAUUAAAGAGAGUCUUCUUUCAGAAGACUCAGAAGAAGAGGAGGGAGACUUAUGUAGGAUUUGUCAAAUGCCCUCUACAUCUGCCACCAAUCUCUUAAUUGAGCCAUGUAAAUGCGCUGGAAGUCUGCAGUAUGUUCACCAGGAAUGUAUGAAAAAGUGGCUACAAUCCAAGAUUAACUCAGGUUCUUCAUUGGAAGAUGUAACUACCUGUGAAUUAUGCAAAGAGAAACUUCAGCUCAAUCUUGAUAAUUUUGAUAUCCAUGAACUCCAUAGAACACAUGCAAAUGAACAAGCAGACUAUGAAUUUAUCAGUUCUGGGCUUUACCUUGUAGUAUUGUUGCAUUUGUGUGAACAGCGCUUUUCAGAUAUGCUGGGAACUACAAGUGAGGCCAACACACGUAUCCGGUUCAUUAAUCUUGCAAGAACUCUUCAGGCACACAUGGAUGAUAUUGAAACAGCUUCAGAUGAUGAUGAUGAUUCUGAAGAUGGUGAUCUCGAUAGGACCCUUGAUGCUGCAUAGAUGGAGUGGAAGGGCUAAAUGCUCAGCUGACACAAGUAUCACCAGUGCACAUUUAUUUAGUAAACCAUGCUGAAUUCUAUUAGAUUUCUGAAGAACUGCUGAGUCAAACAGAAAAUCUGCUGUUGCACACUGGUAUCCAUAGAUACUGGAUAUUGCUCAUGCAGUCUGCAAGAGUAUCUUUCUUCUUUCAGAGUAUGACAUGUAUGCCUUCUUCUAAAAAAUGUGAUUUUUAUCUGUAAGGAAGAGUUCUUUUUGUAUAAGCUUCUUACAGAAAUCAGUUAUAAAUUCUGGGAAAUGUUUCUCAUGUUUUGCUCUUCUGCCGGCACUAAGUGAAACUGUAAAGUGAGUUUGCAACUUGAAGUCAUGGGGAGGGCAUAAUUCUUUGUUAACUUACCACUUAAAAAAUAUAUAUAUAUUGGGAAGUCUCAUCAUUUUGAUUCCAGUGUUAACACCUAGAUUGAAUGAGGGAGUGAAUGGGUUCUGUGAUUAGUGUUAAGUUUCUCUUAAGUUUUUCUGGAGGAGUGUUUAACUCAAAGCAAUAAACUUGCAAGGGGCUACUAAUAAGUGUUAAUUAAGGCUUUUAUAAGUUGAU